GGUGCCGUUAAGACAGAAUCAUGUGCACGUUCGUGGCUAGAAAAAAAUUAUCGCAUUGGUGACAUAACGUUACCUCUCAUGGUAACGUCCUCAUGUCAGCAUUGUUCAUGUGUUUGCUCAGCCCUUUUUGAUCUGCCCUCCCUGGCAAUGAUGUAGACCUCUUUAAAUGGCAACAGCGUGGAUGAACGAAUAGGUCACAAAGUGUAGUAAGGUCUCAAGGAAGAGAACCAUGUGUACGCCGUGGUUGUUUGUUGGUCUCGGCUGGCUACCGAUAGCAGUCGGUGUCUCACUGGGGCUAUCCUUCAUUAUACCGUACUGCAUUGCGGUUGGAUUGGGCCACGUAUCAGCAGGAUUCCCCUACAUCAGUGACACAGGCACAGAGCCACCAGAAAGCUGCAUAUUUGGGCAACUUCUCAACAUCUCGAGUGCACUAGCCUUUGCAACCAUCUAUGUCCGCUACAAGCAGGUGGCUGAGUACUACCAGGAUGUGCCAGGGAGAGUCUUGAAGUGCAACAAGGCUGGCUUGGUCCUAGGGUCCCUGGCUGCCUUGGGGAUGAGCAUCGUCGCCAACUUCCAGGAGACCAACAUGAUCAUCUUCCACCUGAUCGGCGCCAUGAUGUGCUUUGGCCUGGGCGUCCUCUACGGUUUUACCAUGACCUGGAUCUCCUACAAGCUGUCGCCCCAGCACUGCACCAUGACCAUGUUCAGGUUUCGCCUCGCUCUGUCUGCGCUGGCUCUAGUCUUCCUCGUCACGACUCUCCUGUUUGCCGGUUUAGCAAGUUCCCAGUGGGAUGGUGCCGAUCCCCGAAAAUGGCUCCCAGAAGAUGGGGGCUUCGGUCUGCAUGUGGCAAGCACAGCCUCCGAGUGGGCCAUGGCCGUGGCCUUCCUCUUCUUUUUCUUCACCUUCAUCAAGGAAUUCCAGAAGGUCGAGUUGGCGGCGGAGGUCAGACGGUGUCAGAGGUUAAUCAAUGUGAUUGGUGACCCGAGUGCCUAAGUAGCUGAUUAUGCAGAUUCCCAUAAACUAAGAUCACUAUGCCUCAGUUCUAUUUUUAUCGAUUGCAGUGGGUGAACUUAGUGAUCCUGAGGUCAAAGGUCAACUAUUCUUGCAUAGUCAUUGGGAUUUAUUGAUGAUAAAUCCAACAAUUAAUGGAGGUUUUUCAAGACAUCAAUUGACCCAAACGUGAAAUUAAUCGGAGGUCACACAGUCUAAUGAGGCAGUUUGGCAUUUCAAGUGCACAUGCGCAAAAUGGAGUGCAUCAUAGGUCGCUCGAGGACAUCAGUAGAGCCGUACACCAACUUACGCGUACUGAACAUGUAGGAAGUGGCAUGGUAUCAGGUGCUCUGCUUUCAAAUGACUUUGUGAUUUUGUGAUUUGAAUUAAAGACCUGGCUCAACGUAACACGAUAUCCAUUUUUUUUCUUUUUACAGUUUUAAAGGUUUACAGUCUCAGCUCUAAUUUCUUGAAAUUGUUAGCAACAUCAACAAUGAUAGAAAAAUAUGUAUGUAAUGUGGUGCCUAAUUUAUGAUGAGGUCACACAUGUCACAGGAAUUUUAUUGUGGAUCUGACUAGUUGCUCAUAGCUUUAAAAGUUACACCGACUGACCCAAUGAAAAGGAUUCAACAGUCAUUGUGUUGUGUCCCACAUCCGAUUCGUUACGCUCAAUUAUCGAUUAUCAUUGAUCGAUUCUGACAUUAAUACAGUACACCCAAGUGAAUAUGUCCCAUGCAUAACAAAUUAGGUGUUUAAGACUUUAGCACAGGAACCAGUGCUUGAGCCAACAUGAAUACUCCAUUCAUUUGUACUUCGAUUCCCCGUUCAAAAUGACAUCACGCUUUGGUACCCUGUACACAUCUCGGAUGAAUGGGAUGAUUCUACAGUGUCAUGAGGUCACAAGUGUAAAAGUUGGGCUUAAUUGCAAAUCUCUGUAAUUCUGUAACUUCCAAGGGGGGGGUGCACAUUGAAAGGUGAUGUCAGUGAACCAAAGGAUCCGAGGCUGAAAAUAAAAAAGAAAUCAGAAAAGUGCUUCUGAUGUCAAAACCUGAAACGGAUUGUAGUUUCACAUCUACAAGUUUAUUGCAUGGUCACAAACUGCACUUUCUGUCCAUCAGCGACAUAAUUAUGCCUAUAUAUGCAGUUGCAAAGAUUAUUUUCUAAACAGUGUGUAUCAAAUACUUGAAUUCAUUAAUAGUUAGCAUUUGUGCAAAAAGUAGAUUUCACAAAAAUAUUUUGACCGUAGUUUUAGUGCCUGAAUAUGCUGUUGGGAUCAAAUCUUUUAAAAUUUUACAGAGGAGAGAUUUUUUCUUGCUUAUUCAGUAGGCAGCUGCGCGUGUAAAUUCUUUGUCUCUGUGAUUUUUGUGUAACAAUACAUCUUUAUAGUUCCGAGGUUUGGAAAUAUUUAUAUAUAUAUACACACACAGUGGAACGCUGUUAGGACAAGGUCCUUGAGACUUCAUAAAUUACCUUGUUAUAAUAAAAGAAAAAACGAAAAAUUGGGACCUAAAAUUGUCCUCGUUAUAAAUA